AAUCCAAUCUUGACUUGGCAGUUGUGUUCGCCACCGAACGGCAGGAGAAGCGAAGCGUGGGGAGGAAAAGGCCCAAAUCCUCGCCUCCUCCUGCCUGCAACCACCGCCUCCGUCGUCUCGUCUCCCCCGGCAGAGGAAUCCCCAACCCGGAAGCUUUCGGGAGUCGGACGAGCUCGCCUUGACUCGCGUCCCCCUCCCUCGCGCGCGCGCGCGCUCGUCGCCUCCUAAACUUAGCGGCCGCGCGGGACGCGGAGGGGCGCUCCCCUCCAGAAAUAGGCGGGGUGGGUGGCGAGGAGGAUGGGGUACCUGCCGUCGUCGCUGGGCAGCAAGGCGGCGCACUUCGUGUCCGACCUCACCACCGUCAUCCUCAACCCAAUCUCCGAGCGCGAGCCUUCCUCCCCACUCCCCGAGGUGGACAAAGACGAAGAAAAAUCAGAGGAUGACAAAGAUUCUGAGCAAAAUUCUGACACCCCCGAUGGCCCUGACACAUCUUCCUUUAGAGCAUUCUUGAUCUCAUUCCUGUCAUCAUCUGGUUCUAGUAAUGGUUCCAUGGAGAUAAUUCCUGAUCAGAAUGGGGAAUUGGGAUACCCAACUUUAACACCAAUGGGGAAGUCAAAAAAGGGAAAGUCUGGGCUCCUAAGUAGAGGAAAACAUUCCAUUGGAAAAAUCAUUAGCAAAGCGGCUAGAAUUGGUGGUUUCAAACAAAAUGUGGAGCCUAAGAUUGAUAGAGAGGUGGUAGAUCAUGUUGAAUCAGUUUCACCUGUAUUGGAGCUUGAAGAAUCAAAGGAAGUUGCUUCCUUCAUUAAUUUGCCAGCUAUGUCAGAACCAUCUGUUCUUUUGUCAGAAGUGAUGAGGUUCAAUAUUUAUGCAUCUUUUCCUGUUCUUGCCAAAGGAAUGAACUGGGUCUUGCUAUACAGCACAUGGAGGCAUGGAAUAUCUUUGUCUACUCUAUACAGAAGGAGCAUGCUUUGCCCUGGUUACUCUCUCUUGGUAGUUGGGGAUAAAGAAGGUGCAGUUUUUGGCGGUUUAGUUGAGGCUCCAUUGCAGCCAACCAGUGCAAAGAAAUAUCAGGGGAGCAAUAGCUGCUUUGUUUUCACUAAUUUACACAGCAAUCCUAGUAUAUAUCGACCGACUGGUGCUAAUAACUAUUUCACAGUGUGCUCCACCGACUAUUUGGCAUUAGGAGGUGGAGGUCAUUUCGCACUUUAUCUAGAUGCCGACCUGUUGAGUGGUUCAAGUUCCAAUUCAGAGACUUUUAACAACAUGUGUUUAUCUCAUUCCCCAGACUUCGCGGUAAAAGAUGUCGAGCUGUGGGGUUUCGUCUAUCCUUCCAAGUACGAUGAGACGCUCGCCCUCUGCCGUACUGAGAAACCAGGAAUUUGCCGGUGGUGAUUUGGUGGUCCUUGAAGGCUUGAAUUGUGCUGAAUCUGCGAAUGAUGCAUCUGUACAGUUUUUCGUAGACUUGAGAGAAUUUUAGUGCACAGGAUCGUGUAGGAUUGUAGGAGUGAUGGAAACUUGCGUUUCUCAUGCGAGCUUGCUCAGAGCUGUACAUAUUUGUAAUUUUCUUGCUACUGUUAGCGAAACAUGGACGCGCUGGUUAUUUGUUUCAGUGUUGUCAGCUUGUCAUUAUAUGAGAACAAUAUUACUGGCGAAUCAGGAGAUAAAUGACCUGCAA